AUGUACAUACACAGAAAUACACAUACACAGACACAUGUACAUACAUACACAGACACAUGUACACACAGACACAUGUACGUACAUAUACACAAACACACAGAUGUACAUGCACACACACACAGACACGUACACUCAGACAUACAUGUACAUACACGCAGACACAUGCACAAUUGUACAUUCAUACACAGACACACACACACAUGUACACACACCACCCAUAAAAAGUUGUAGUACUUCGUUGUUCACUCACAGAUCCUGGUACUGCACUCUAGGGGGAGGCAGAGAGCACAGCACACACUCCUUGCUUUGCUUUCAUUGCGCUCAGCUAUUGAGCAGUCUGACCGCCCCCAGUGCCAAUGACAGAUCCGGCCUGAGCUCCGAGCCUGCUCACAAGAGGGUCCUGGUGGACACACUCGCCCCCACCAUAAUUUCCACUCGCCAUUGGCGAGCAGGCGAGUGGAAAUUUCAAGCCAUGGAUUAA